UUUGGCAAUCGAAAAAUUUUAUAUAUACAGAAAAAUACGUCAUUAAAAAAGGACACAUUUAUCCAGAUUUACGUGGGGCCGAGCGUGUCGUCUCAUUUCAUUACAAGGUGUAUAACCUGCCGGGCAUCUUUUUAAUGAAAAGUUGCUCACAAUUACGACCUUAAAUACGUAUUAUUUAUUUCUGUUCGGCUCUCUAUUGAAAUUUAUUAUUAAUGAAUUAAACAAAAUCAUGCGUCCUAAUUGUUUAUUUACGUAACAGUUUCUCUCGUUUCAAGUGCGAAUUGAAAAUUUCUAAAAUCUAAAGUGCCAGCGAAAAAUCUGAAUUAACGUCAUGAGAAUUUGUGAAAUAAGUGGUGGACUUUUUUUGUAAAAUUCACAGUUGAAAUGAUAUUAUAAGGAAAAAAUGGCCUCAAACUCCACUUUUGAGGCUAAAGUGUUAAUGUCCAAAGGGAAACGUGCAGCAGCCGCUUAUAUUCAUGCCGAUUGCUCUCAACGGACUAAUCCCAAACAUUUAAAUGAAGUCCUCGAUAAUUUACUUAAUCCCGCCAAGGCUAUCGACGAGUGGGAAACAAUCGACUGGUGCAAAUGGCUGAUGGCCGGAGGACGGACACCCGACGAGUUCGCCAACAUAGUGCGAACGUACGACAAUGCGACAACAUGCGGACUGGUUUGGACACCGAAUUUUGUCGCGUACCGUUGCCGUACGUGCGGAAUUUCGCCCUGCAUGUCGCUCUGUACGGAAUGCUUCAAAAAGGGGAAUCACCAGCGGCACGAUUUCAACAUGUUUCUAAGUCAGGCGGGCGGCGCGUGCGAUUGCGGUGACACUUCAGUGAUGAAAGAGACUGGGUUUUGUGACCGUCACGGUCCGGAUAAAUUGAAAAAUAAGUCACCAGCACCCACUGCUCUUAUGUGCGUUGCUGAGGCGAUGAUGCCGCGGGUUAUUUUAAGACUGAUACAACAUCUUCGAGAGAACAGCCAGGGCUCCUCGCCCGACGCUUACAAAGGAGCAAUACAGGACGCAGACGCGUUCAUAACUAUGCUGUUGGAUUUUAACAACAUGGGCGGUUUGAUGCGGCGAGUCAUGACCGGCGCGCUGACUAACCCCCAGAUGUACAGGGUUCUAAACGAGCUACCUCAAAACUCGAAGUCGGAGUACGCGCGAUACAUGAUGGAGUCGAAGACGAUCUACGAGAACGCCUUAAAGUCACUUCCGAAUCCGGAACCGAUGGAGGAAUAUCGCGACUGUCCCUCGCUCCAGGAGCAUCUCACUCAUCGAACCUUCCUGGAGGAGCUGGUGUUCUGGACGGUCAAGUUCGAAUUUCCCCAAAAAGUCGUUUGCCUAUUACUGAAUAUGCUCCCAGAUCCCGAUUACAAGGAAGCGUUAACCAAAGCUUUUGUGUUGCACUACAGUCGAAUAUCGUUGAUGCUCGAACGGUCGAGUGACCCCGACACGCUCAGCAAUCGUGUGGUGCACGUCAGCGUUCAGCUGUUCUCUAACGAAAGUCUCGCAUUACGUAUGACCGAACAACUCAAUUUGUUACAUGUUAUGGUUGUCAGCUUGAAGUAUAUGAUGGGCAAAAUUCUUAUACAGAACACCCUUCACGAUCCUGAUAAGAAUUUUCAUUACGUCGUCGACUGCGGAAGACCAGUAAUGAAAGAGCACUGUUAUUGGCCGCUGGUGUCCGAUUUGAACAAUGUGUUGUCUCACCGUCCCGUCGCGCUCAAAUUUAUGGCAGACGACUCGCUAUUGGAAAUGUGGUUUACGUUUCUCUCAAUGUUUCAAGGCAUGAAUGUUAAUCAACGAGAACUCAGUCAGCAUGUCGAAUUUGAGCCGAACACUUACUACGCUGCGUUCAGUGCCGAGCUCGAAGCGAGCGCGUAUCCGAUGUGGGCGCUUGUUUCUCAUUUGGCUGAUGAAUCGACGGUUUCGUUGACACGUCGUGCUCUCUCCGCUUGUUUAUCAUCGCUCUUGGAAUGGUUGGACGCCAUAAAUUUUACAAGUCCAAACGUGAAUGAUAGUGUACAAGUGUCAUUUCAUCUUCCGCUGCAUCGUUAUUUAGCUGUCUUCUUAUGCCAGGCUGUUGCGAAACAAGGAUUAACGUUGAACGAAAUUCUACCCCAGGCGGACACACUACAUUUACUAAUGAUGCAUCCUUUGAGAGUGCAGGUGAGUACUUUCACACAUAUGCAUGGGAUAUGUAUACUGAACUUAGCAAGAGUUGAUCUGGGGUGUAGACCACAUUUUUUUUUUGAACUGAGUUUUUAAUCCCCCUCUGAUUUA